AUGCCGUACAUUCUCAUUUCCACCCAAAUCCGCAUGGAAUGUGGUCCCACGAUGGUCGGCGACGGAGAGAGCGAUCCGAAGUUGAUGGAGAAGCUCGAGGCGAAACUGACAAAACAGCUGGGAAACGAGUUUCAGGUGAUCGUUUUUCAACAGAAAUUGAGAAAAAAGUGUCAGCUGCUAGUGUCUUUCAAGCUGUUUUUGCGAAAGUGUCCUUCUCAAUGGCAUUUAUUCGUCCUUUCAAUUGGAAUAUUGUCAAGUACGCGUCUUGUAGGAAUACGUAACAAAAUGGUCCCCUCGAAAAGUUUUGGAUAAGCUGGAAGAAGAGGGCUGGACAAUGGUCGGAAUGACGGGAAUCGGCCAGACGUGUGCGUGGACUCUGUACAAGGAGAAUCCUGUGUGA